UAUGUAUAGCUAGGAUAUAUAAGAUGACUAAACUAAAAUUGGAGUCUUCUUCCUACCUAGCUAGCUAAAAGAAGUAAAAAACUUUUGGUGAUGAGAGACGGAGGCUAUGCUAUCAAGCUUGGAAAUCAGCAUAUAUAUCAUCGAUCAGGUAGUCUACUAGAAAAGACAGUAUCCAAAAGGCGACGAAAUGAACAUUGAAAAAACAUGGUCUUGUACUCUUGUUGCACAGAAGUGAACGAGACAGAACACAAGUCUGGCAUCAUGGAAAUUUGCAAACAUUGUAGAGACGAGAAAAAGAAUAGUACAAGCAGGAAAACUUGUAUACGACAUUAUUAUAGGGCUCGUGUAUUCUUUUACUGUAGCAUUCCCCAAAGUAAAUGGAGGUUUCACAUUUCAUCUGCCUAUCAUAGACUUACUAUUUUUUAUCUUCAUAAGAUCUGUACCUUUUGUUGUUUGAUGCAGUGAAUAUUUUAGUGCCUAACCAAUAACCAUUAUUAUCUCCUUUGUUGCUUUAUAUUUUGUAGCAUUUAACUUCAAAACCUUUUUAAGACCUAAACUAUGGCUUAAAUGAUUGGUGAUUCAAAUGAUUAGCAAUUUCCUUUGAUAUAGGGUGGCACUUUGAAGGGUGCCAGAAGGCAACCAAUAAAAAGGGAAGUAGAAAACUAUUAAUUAAGUUGAACUUCGAUGUGGGCCCCUACACGCCACUAUAUAUAUAACAAGCUUCCCUCAAUCUAUUCUUCAUCCCUUCAACCACUCACCAUUUACAAUUUAUUACUCAGUUAAGAUCUUCUUCUAGGAAAAAAACUAAAGAAAACUCUACCCUCGUUGUUUAAGGAUUCACACUGCUCAUUUCUUUCCCGAGAUUUUUCUUCAAAAUGAAGCCUUCUUUUGUGGUCUCUCUUCUGAUUUUGUCACUCCUCCUUGCAAAAUCUCAAGGGAUUCGUUUGGGAAAAGUUUCUUUAGAAGUUCAGCAACAGAAACAACAUGAAGGAGAAAGUACUUUGUUGGAAAGAAGUAACAAUGAAGCUGAAGAAACUGUUCCCUGCAAAGGCAACGAAUGCACAGGAAAGAUAAAGAAUAGGAAACUCGUUACUACCUCCAUUUCUGCAACUCUACCGCUCUCAAAGAAUGUGAAGAAGGAGGAGUUCAAGGGUGAACCCUCGGUAAAUCGCAAUGCUAGAAAUGUGAACACAUUGAGCACUUCAAAGCACAAAGAUGUUCCUGAGGAACACUACCAUGACCUUGUAGAGAUAACUGAGAUGGACUAUUCUCCAGCAAAGAGAAAGCCUCCAAUACACAACUGAGUCUAGGGAUGAUCAACUAGAAAAACUGACAAAGUUCCGUAUAUUAGGAUCAAUAAAUUAAAUAUAGACAGAGAAGUUGGACAGCAUUGCAGAAAUGCUGCAGUUUUUUUGGCCUAGGAAUGAUUUGUACAUUAUUAUUCUAUCACCUUUAUUGAUUAUAAUAUAUAUAUUUUGAAACCAUAUCU